AUGAAUUCUCUUAUUUUCCUAUUCUACUGCUGCUGCUACUACUGCCUAACACCUAAUCCGGACAAUAACACAGAUGAAGAGCACAGCAAAUCCAUCCAGUUGGACAGACCAGCCAGAGAACUCUUGAUCUGGUCGAUUCUUGUAGGCAAGCUACGGAUGGCCGAGCUCUUCUGGACCAUGGAGAAGGUGAGACUCGGUUAG